UGACAAGCAGAAAGCCACUUUGCUGGUUUGAUCACGCCAACAUUGCUGUGCCGCAACAACAAAGGGCCAAACACCAUAUUGUCACACUCGAUAUGCUGUGCCGUCGAAGCUGUGUCUUGCCCCCAAUGGGGCGAGAAUCAAGAUCAUACGCCGCCAUCCUUCGAGCUAUUUCUCCAAUACCUUCCCCACCGCCAUUGUUCUUGACAGCAGUUCCUGAGGUCUUGUGAGCCGUCCCAUGCCCAACAAUGGCAAGGGCAAGAACACCGACAACACAACUCUUGCUGCUGGCGGGUCUGCUUCUCGGCAACGCCAGUGCCCAAACAUGCUACAAUACAUGGGGCCAGGAGGACGCAGAACUGCAACCAUGUGUCAGCCCAGGAACCACGGAUGCCCUCGCGACGACAUGGUGCUGCAACAAGGGCGACUACUGCCUCUCCAACGGGCUCUGUCUCAGCCCCGAGUCGAGCAACCUCAUGACGCAGCAAGGCUGCACCGACCAGAACUGGGGCGGCUCCUGCAGCAAGUUGUGUUCGGUGGGCAAUGACCAAGGCUUGGCCGAGAUCCCGCUAAUCUCCUGCCCAUCCAGCUUCGACAACAUAACCAACACCGUCCAAUACUGCUGCGGCCCGGACGCUUCCAUCUGCUGCUCGACGCCCUCUUCCUGGCUCACCAUCCCCGCAGGCACCAUCAUCCGCACCCCGUCCUCCACCAGCACUUCCACCACCACCUCCCAGCCCCAAACCAACACCCUCCAAAUCGGCCUCGGAAUAGGCCUCGGCAUCGGCCUCCCCAUCCUCCUCGUCCUCUUAGCAGUAGCCUACCUCCUCUCCCGGGUGCCCCUCCGCUCCCGCGGCAGCCACAGCCGUCGCGGCCACAAAGGCAAGCGCAGCAAGCCCACCACCACGGGCGCCGGCAACGGGUCCGGCGGCAACGCAGAUGAUACCAAGACAGAAAAAACCUCCUCCUCCUCGUCCACCACUCAAACCUACCCGCCCCGCCGUCACCAUCACCGCCACCGCGGCUUCUCCUUCGGCCACGUCAGUGACACCAACCACCACCCCUCCGCCGACAACGACAACGCCAACGGGCAUCAUCAUUCUCACUUCCCCUGGCCACCGCCGCCUCCAGCUUUCCUAGGAGCCGGAGCCGGAAGGGCGGCCGCCAUAGCGCGGUGGGCGCGCUCGCCGUUUGGGUUCGGCGGGCUUUCGUUGCCGGUCGAGGUCCAGGAGGCGCCGCCGCCUAGUCCGAAGGAGAUGGAUGGACGUGGGAGGGGUGCUACGUACGGCAAUAGACUGGAACGCCGGUAUAUCAGGGGCAUCAGGAACUUGGAGAUGUUGCGGUAGAAGUAUCAAACCGGGUGUAUACAGCCCCUCAGCAUGUUUCCUAUCCUGAGAGUAGCCCUGAAAGCCCUGAGCAGUAGCGUAUCUGUAACUUUGAUCAUUCAAGCCGG